UAUCGUUUUAUUGUCAGUUAUUAUAACAGUUGUGUGCUAAGUAGUUAAUUAUUAACUAUUUUCAAAAUGUAUUUUGUUAGUUUGUUUGUUUUAUUUGCCACCAUAAAUGGUUUGGUUUUGGCCAGUUUUGAACAAGAUGGUGUAGUAAGCCAACAACCUGAGCAAGUUCAUCUAUCACUUGGAAGUAAUCCAAGUGAAAUGGUUGCUACUUGGACAACAUUUAACUCAGCUGGUCAACCAAUUGUUGAAUAUGGUAUCAAAAAGCUUGAUAAAACAGCAAAAGGCCAAUCAACUGAAUUUGUUGAUGGAGGUUCAGAGGCGAGAUCAAUGUUUAUACAUAGAGUUACUAUGAAAAAUCUUGUUCCAGGACAAACAUAUAUUUACCAUGUUGGAAGUGAAUUUGGAUGGAGUCCAAUUUUCUGGUUUACUACAAUCAAAAAUGGAUCCGACUGGAGUCCAAGAUUAGCUAUUUUUGGUGAUUUGGGUAACGAUAAUGCAAAAACCCUUCCCAGAUUACAAGAAGAUGCUCAAAGUGGACAAUUUGAUGCCAUCAUUCAUGUCGGUGACUUUGCGUACAACUUGGAUACUGACAAUGCAAGAGUUGGCGAUCAAUUCAUGAGACAAAUAGAGCCAAUAGCUGCCUAUGUUCCCUACAUGACUGCAGUUGGAAACCAUGAACAAGCUUACAAUUUUUCAAACUAUGUCAACCGUUUUUCAAUGGUAGACAGCAAAACAGGCGAGAUUAACAACCACUUUUACAGUUACGAUGUCGGUCCAGUACAUUUCAUUACUUUCUCGACUGAAUUUUAUUUUUUCACCAAUUAUGGGCGAAGUCAAUUGCACACACAAUUUGAAUGGAUCAAGAAUGAUUUGAUUGAAGCAACCAAACCCGAGAACCGAGCCUUAAGACCAUGGAUUGUAACCAUUGGCCAUAGAGCAAUGUAUUGCAAUUUACACUUCCCAAACUACACCGAAUGUCUCAACAGACAAACCAAUUUCCGUAAAGGUGAUAGUGAAUUCCCUGGUCUUGAAGAUCUCUUUUAUCAAUAUGGUGUUGACUUAGAGAUUUGGGCUCAUGAACAUCUCUAUGAAAGACUUUGGCCAAUUUAUGAUGAACAGGUUUACAAUGGCAGUCUAUCUGAACCAUACACUAAUCCAGGAGCUCCGGUUCAUAUUACAACUGGAUCAGCGGGUUGCUAUGAAGGAAUUGAAUACAAUGUAAUGGAACAGGCUGAAUGGAGCGCAAAGCGUAUUUAUGAUUAUGGCUUUUCAAUUGUAACAAUUCAUAACAGUACUCAUCUAUCAUUUGAGCAGCUAUCAGCUGAAAAGGGACACAAAGUUGUUGACAAAUUUACACUAAUUAAAGAUAAUCAUGACUCUUAUGAAACUAGGAAGUUAACAUCAUCUUGAUGAUAACCGAAAUAGCAGCUUUCAAUAUUCAAUCUUCAAUGGUUUACAAAAUUUUAUUCAAUUGCUGAUAUAAUUUGAUAUGUUCAUAGACUUUAAUAAACAGUAUUUCAAAUAGCAAA